CCCUUUGGACAGAACGCGUUUUGAUUGGCUGAGGGGCGCGCGCCGAGGCAGGGGAUUGGCUGGAGGGGGGCAAGGCGGAAGUGGCGCUGAUGGCGACAUGGAGGUCCCUCCCCAGGACUACCGGAACGUGCCCAUCGACAUCCAGACCGGCAAACUCCUGGACUGGCUCGUGGACAGGCGCCACUGCAGCCUGAGGUGGCAGAGCCAAGUGCAGCUGAUCCGGCAGCGGAUCGACGUGGCCAUCCAGGACAUGCCGGAGAACCAGGAGAUCAAACAGCUCCUGGAGGGAUCCUACCUGCACUACUUCCACUGCCUGAGGAUCGUGGAGAUCCUCAAGGGGACCGAGGCCUCCACCAAGAACCUCUUUGGCCGUUACUCGUCCCAGCGGAUGAAGGACUGGCAGGAGAUCGUGGCCCUCUAUGAGAAGGAGAACACCUACCUGGCCGAGCUCUCCAGCCUCCUGGUCCGCAGCAUCAACUACGAGAUCCCGUCCCUGCGGAGGCAGCUCGGGAGGUGCCAACAGGCCCAGCAGGACUUUUCCCGGCGGGAAGAGGAGUGUCAGGUGGGAGCAGCCGAGCUCAGGGAGCGGUUCCUGGCCUCCUGCAAACAGUAUGGAAUCACUGGUGACAACGUGCGGCAGGAGCUGCUGGCCCUGGUGCAGGACCUGCCCUCGCUGCUGUCCCGUGUCGGGGACACCGUGGGGGACCUGGGGGAGGCCAUCGAGCUCUACCAGGCCUGUGUGGGCUUCGUGUGUGACAGCCCCUCGGAGGCGGUGGUGCCCCUCCUGAGGCACGUGUGUGCCCGCGGGAACACGACGGUGCAGGAGUGGCGGACGGGCCGGGAGCCGCGGCGGGUGGAGCGGCCGGAGCUGCGGGAGGAGGAGCCGGAGCCGCCCCGGGAGGACGCGAUCGACUGGGGGGAUUUCCCGCUGGAUCCCCCCCCGGGAGGGGAUGGAGGAGCUGCCGAGGGGGGCGAGGAGAUCGACUGGGGGAUCACGGUGGAGCCCAGUGCUCAGGAGGGUGGCAUCGACUGGGGGGCCGGAGGGGCUGAGGAGGUGCAGAUCACGGUGCUGGAGGCUGGUGCUGAGGUGCCCGAGGAGGGGGUUGCCCGUGGCUCUGAUGCCCUGACGGUGCUGGAAAACCCUGAGACACGGAACCAGUUCAUUGAUGAGCUCAUGGAGCUGGAGCUGUUCCUGGCGCAGCGCCUGGUGGAGAUGGAGGACGAGGCCGACAUCGUGGCCAUGAGCCAGCUCCAGCUGGCCCCGGCCCUGCUGCAGGGCCAGACCAGCGCCCACGUGGGCUCCCUGCUGGGCACGGCCCGGGCUCUGCUGGCACAGCUCUGCUCCCGCAGCGUCCAGCACCUCUGCAUGAUCCUCGCCUCACCCAGGUACGUGGAGAGGGUGUCGGAGCUGCUGAAGCAGAAGCUGAAGCAGGCGGAGCUGCUCCUGGCCAAGAAGGAGGUGAUGGCCCAGAAGCGCCGGGAGGCCCUGGCAGAGCAGGGAUCCCUGGAGCCCAAGCUCGACCGGCUGCUGGAGAAGACCAAGGAGCUGCAGAAGCUGAUCGAGGCCGACAUCUCCAAGCGCUACGGAGGGCGCCCCGUCAACCUCAUGGGCAUCAACCUGUGACCCCCCCCAGAGGGGCAGGGGGGGGAUCCUGACCCCCAGA